UGUUCUUUCAGUUAUACGUACUGACUAACUGUACAGGCAGACGGCUCUGAGGGCUUGACUGCCAACAUGUCAGUGAAUCUGAAGGGCAACAUUUUGGUAACUGGGACCAACAGGGGCAUUGGUUUGGAGUUGGUGAAACAGCUAGCUGAGAAGACCGGACCAGAAACCCAGAUUUACGCCAGCUGCAGAGAUCCUGAAGGAACGAGGGCCGAGAAAAACAAUAUGACUGUUGUGAUGUCACAGGCAGCCCUGAACAUGCUGACUUGCUGUCAAGCUGAAGACUUCAGGCGCCAUGGCAUCCUGGUGACGGCCAUCCACCCAGGCUGGGUCCAAACGGAGAUGGGUGGAGAACAGGCUCCUCUGAUGCCCCAGGAUAGCGUAGCUGGAAUGCUGCAUGUCAUGUCAACACUGAGCAACAAACACUCUGGCCUCCUUCUGGACUGGGAGGGCAACACAAUCCCCUGGUAGAAACCAUUGUGAGGACCACCAGCAUUAACAAAAAAUAACUUCAUAAUAACAAUGUUUGUGUUUUUGCCACUUUUGUCUGUAUUGUGAAUGUAAGCACUGAACAACUUUCAAUAAAGCCAUAAACUAAGAUCACAAUUCA